GUGCCAUCCUCACCAGCAUCCGCCGUUCGCCCGCGCCGCGCAGCCGCAACGCUUCGUCAGUUCGUCGUCUCCGCCCCCGCUCCCGCCCCCGCGCCGCGAGAGCUCGAGCUCGGGCUAGGGUUUCGCCUGGCGCUCCACCUCCAUGUGCCAAUGCUAGGGUCAGGGCCUUGCGCUCCCGCGAUGUCGGCGGCGGCAGGAGGCGUGGAGGCGCUGUGAUCAGGCGGCGGAGGGAGCAUGACGGGCCGCGGCCGGUACGGAGGGGGCAGACGCUCCUCCCCCCGCCCCCAGCCUCCUCCGUCUUCGCCUUCCCGCGCGAUCUUGUUCUUGGUCGACAUGGGCAGUGGGGAAAGGAGGGGAGGCGGCUGGCGGAGCCAGAGCUCCCGAGCGCGAGCGGGCUCCGGCAUCUAUGGUUGUGAACAGUUUACUUGUGAUCGUCUGUUUAGCAUUGUGUACUCUAACUGUUCGAAUUGUAGGAUGGAUUGAGUCUUUGGGGUCGUUGCUUGCAGGCUGCCUGCCAUGAAAUGCUUCGGUGAUCCUGGAGGAGAUUGGCACUGGCAAAUGGAGAUUUUUUGUGGAGCGAUGGAGGAGCCUUGCGAGAAUGUGAACGGUGCCACUUCUAGGCCCCCCUGCUGGCUAUUUAUAUGCAUCACACUACUGUUCUCUCUGCCUGAUCUCGCUGCAUAGUCUUCUUGUUGCCCCUUUACCAGGAAUGUUCUACCAUUGAUUUAUUUGGGAGAGAUAAUGGCAAGCUUCACGUGCCAUGAUGGAUCUGAAGCAGUUACUUCAUCCAUGUCUCAAGAAUCAGGGAAUACAGCACAGGCGUCUGAGUGCUCUGUCCCUGCCAUUCCACAUACGUCUGCAGAAUAUAAUUCUUCCGAGCUGGGUGUUGAUCAGACGAUGGACAUUAGCCGGAAGCAGCUUCUACCUAUUAUACCAAGUGGUGCACCAAUAUUUGUGAGUGAAAAACAGUAUGAUGCUAUCCUUCGACUGCGGGAGCGUCGUGCUCGUAUCGAGGCAAGAAGGGAGAAAGUCACGUUCAAAGUUAAGGUGUUCCCCACUGAACAGGGUCCUAAUUUUCCCAUAGGGGACUAUCAAUUUUGUUCCUGUCAUGUCAAUACAACAUUUCUUCCGCUUUCCUAUUAUCAUUUCUGUAACUACUGUCUGAUGACGCAGAAGCACCUUCCAAAAGGUUUUAAAGGGCGCUCAGCCGCGAUCAAGUGCAACCAGGAAGGAACCAGUGGAGGCAGCAGGGCGGCAACCAGCACCCCAGCAAUAGACUUCUUCUAUUCACACUUUGUCGCAACCAAUGAGGACGAGGAGAACACUGGCGAGGUUGCCUACAACAACAUCCUGAACCUCGAGGCGCCUGAUUUCACCAUGCUCCUCAGGAUCAUGAUGGGCGACAGGUUCAGCACCGAAGUCGCAGAGCAGUUUAAGAACGUGGCUCGCCUCGAGGCUCCUGACUUUGCCACCCUCCUGACCGUCAUGAACAAUGCUGGGUACAAUGAGGCCCUCGACGAUGGCCACUAUGAUGUGGACAAAGUAAUGCUGAAGUUAGAAGGGUGGUAACCGGUGGCAGGUCACGCUUAGGGCCUGCCUCUGCCAUCGUUCUGCAGCCUUAGCUUGCUCAGUUCUCUGAUUGUUGGCUAUCUGUUCUCGUUUGCUUGUGUUCAGACUCAGUUUUCUGGUUUCCUUGUGUUCAGACUCAGUUUGUGUGGUCAGAAGUUUCCUGAACCUGUUCGGUUAACAAGGUUAUGUGCUGCUGUACUGGAGUAUGCUUAAAUCUGAAUGGUUGUGUGGACCUGGUUUGUUUAUGGUAUUAAUAACUUGGAUUUUGUUAA